AGCAGUAGGGAGGGUUUUUAUAAAGAGGAAGAAUCUCCGAGACUCGGACCGAAGAAAAGAAGAAGAAUCGGGUCGGGCAUGUCAGCCGCUCCGAAUUAACUGAAGAAAUCUAAAAUUGGUUGAAGGAGGGAGAAGCCAUGAAAGGUCAGGCGUCGAGUUCCUACAAAGGCGCUGUCAAGUUUAGGAUGCCAACAGCCCAGAAUUUAGUACCGAUUCGCUUGGACCUCGAUGUCGAUGGCCAAAAGUUCAAAGACACUUUCACUUGGAACCCAUCUGACCCUGACUCAGAGAUUGUGGUGUUUGCGAGAAGGACAGCAAAAGACUUGAAGCUUCCUCCGGGUUUCAUUACAGUCAUGGCUUCUGCCAUUCAGUCACAGAUUGCAGACUUUCGGUCGUUGGAAGGCCAAGAUAUGUACCCGGGCGAGAGGAUUGUGCCAAUUAAGCUUGAUCUUCGAGUGAACCAUACUCUCAUUAGGGACCAGUUUUUAUGGGUGAGCUUCAACAGUCGUUUGUUUCAUCUUAUCUUUUCAAUACCUCCUGCUCUUACACUUGGGUUCAUUCGUUUCGAGGGAUUUCAGGACUUGAACAACUUUGAAAGUGAUCCUGAAGAGUUUGCUAAAACAUUCUGCGCAGAUUUAGGUAUUCAAGAUCCUGAAGUGGGGCCUGCAAUUGCCUUUUCAAUUAGGGAACAACUGUAUGAGAUUGCAGUGCAAAGUGUAGCAUCAGCAAGAGAAAACAGAAUAAGCAAAAAGGGACGCCGAGGGGCUGAGUAUACUCCAGUCAGUAAAGCAGGUAGUACUGGAUUGGACCUGGUGAAGUUAUUCGGUCACAAAUCUAGUGUUGUUCGGAAAAGAAAGGAGUGGGAUGUAUACGAACCCAUUGUUGAUCUUCUAUCUAGCGAGGAAGUGGAUGCCCUUCAAGCAAAAGAAGAAAGGCUUACUCGGUGAAUGAACACGACUGUGAGGGUUUUACUUGUAGUUUGUAUAGGGCACCUGUAGGUGACUAACUAGGAGUCCAAAUUCUACGACUAAUGAAAUAGGGUACUUUAGUUGACUCGUGAGGUGACUGAAUUCUCUGCAUGAUGAAAAUUUUCAGUCAUUUUGGCACCAAUUCUGGUUCUCUAAGUUCAUUUCUCAAAGCCUGCAAGGUGCCCCUCCACAUAUGAAGAAAAUCUUCCCUAUAACCAUUGGACUGGAUGUCUCAAAUCCAUUUGUCCCGUGAUCAGCAUGUGAAGAGUUGGAUGUAAGAGGCCGAUUGUGUACAAUGGUUGCAGGAAUUCCCAUAACUUGCAUUGUGAAUUUAAAUGCAUAAAAAGGCAGU